AUGGCGUCCCCCAAGAGAACCCACUCAGACAUUGGGGAUAGUCCGCCAUCGUCAAGUGUUCGCUGCUUCUGCUGCUUGGACCUCUACCCAAUGAGCACACCUCACGGCAUCCACGACGAGGCGAUCCUCCAGUUCGCAAUCCAUAUGACUCAACUCGCCUGUUCCUUCAAUUUAUCCUCAUACUCUGGCGACAACACCACAGCUUUUGUUAAGGACGCAGUGUACCUCAUCAAAUACCAGAAGUUCUUGUACGGAGAGAUUUCGGGGACGCGGUAUUUUAUGCCACUGCCAACGGAGCAAAAAUUCAUCGAAAUUGAGGAGGGACUGGUGGUGCGGAGUUUGGAGAAAGAGAAAUGGGGAUGGAGAUACUCGAUGAGACAUUUGAAGUUGAGGUGCAAUAGACACCAGGGCCCGAUUUUCGUCUGUCGGAUUGUGCAGAGGGAAGAGAUUCCGAUGGAGAAAGAUGUUCCCGCUAUCAAGAGUAUCGACCUAGAGGACAAUAUUUUUCAAUCACGGCAAUGA